AUGGCAAUUGAAAGUUGCUUACUUAAUUGGGGAAUUAAGAGAGUAUUUACAAUAACUGUAGAUAAUGCUAGCUCAAAUGAUGUUGCAAUUUUCUAUUUGAAAAAGAAAAUCAAUGGUUGGGGGUUUAGCAUUUUAAAUUGUAAAUAUCUUCAUAUGAGAUGCAUUGCCCACAUAAUUAAUUUAGUUGUUGUUGAUAAAAUGAAGGAUAAUCUUGCUCCAAUUAAAAAUGUUAGAGAUAUAGUUAGAUAUAUUAGGCAAUCUCCUGCAAGGUUGCAAAAGUUUAAGGCAUAUUGUGAGAUGGAAGUGAUUCAAAAUAUUAUCACCAUUGAUGUUGGUGGUCAACUCUUUCAGACCACAAAACAAACCUUAGCUCUUGCGGGACCCAAAUCGCUCUUCUCCAAAUUUUCGCAGUCAACUCACGUGAGUCUUGGUCCUCUGUUCAUCGACAGAGAUCCGGAGUUGUUCUCUAUCCUUCUCUCUCUCUUGAGAGCUAGGAAUCUUCCUCCAAAGGCUAAAGCUUUUGAUCUUGGAGAUUUGAUCGUAGAGUCCAAAUUUUAUAAUGUCGAGCCUCUUUUAGUUAACUCUCUAUCCAAUCCUUUUUCGUUUGAUGCUUUCAACCUCGAGAGGUCGUUAACUUUGCCCCUCAACGGCCGUGACUUCCCUUCUUCCAUGGCCACGACGUCGUUUGGGACCCUGCACAUAGCUCAUGGCAGCAAAAUAACUUCUUUCGAUUGGGCUUUGCAAAGGAAGUCGACCAUCCUUACCCAGUUCACGGCGAUCGAUUCUCUCCUGGCGAUUUCGCCAACUCUUGUAGCCGCGGGAGUCACCGAUUUCUCAGGGAUGCAAAUUUAG